UCACGUCCACAGCCAUAGCAACGAAGGUUUCCUCCAAAAGCUCGAUGUCGAGAGCUAUGACGACAUGACACCUCUGAACUCCAUUUUUAAUGGGAAGAAACCUUCGAAGCCAGCCUUUUAGAAGUACAAAAAGGUAUGGAUAAUAUUAUAAUAAAGUUUCAAAAAAUGAAAGGAAUUAUUGCUAUACCAUGAACUUCCCAUUCCCCUCAAUCGAAUUAUUGGUUUUCGAUUGAAUUUGGAAUCAGAGAGGUCUGAAUUGAAUUUCGUGUUCUUCAAAUUUCUGUCGUCUUCAUCCAUACGGAUCAUCGCUUCUUAUCCAAAUCCCUAAUGGGUUCGAGUUGUAGUCGUCUGGGGUCGCGCCCUUCUCGCUCCCGAGAUUACCGCACCAACCGCUCCAAAUUCUGCUCUCUCUUCUGUGGUGCUUCCUCUUCUCGCGCGAUUCAUCAGAUGGAAGAUUCUACAGCUCAAUUUCUUGUCCAUCCGACAGAACAUCAACAUUGUCAUCACAUCAUUGAUGAAGUUCAGCUCCCCACAAAUGGAUCUAUAAGAAUAGGACUUCCUAGCGCAAGCGCUUAUUCCGAGGCCUCGCACGAGAACAGCAUUGUAGUCAGUGAGGAGCAAUGUGCUGUAAAUGAUUCUAAUAUUGAUAUUAAUGAUCAUGGGAAGUGUUUGUCUCAAAACAAGGAAUUAGCUCCCCUUCACCAGAUUAGUGCUGAUUACAGUCAUGAUGAAUCUCGUAGACAUAGAGAUCGUUCUUCGGAACCAGUAUCUGUAAAUAUUCUGGCUAACGAGGAUGCAGUAAAUGGUAUUGAUAGUUCAGUGGACAAGGGUGUAUCUCCAGUCUGCACCAAGGUCAUGUGUGUGGCAAGCAGCUCGACUACUCAAGAGGUUGGAGACUUGUGUUCGAACGAGCUGACAGUUUACGUUCAAGAGGAUGAGGGAACAGCCAACCAGAACCCGGAGUCGGAAUCUUCUCCUGAUUUGGAUCUUCCGUUAACUUUUCAAUCCCUUGAAGAUGAAUCUUCACGAGAGGUACCCUCGAGUUUCGACACUUUUGUGUCUGAUGAUAGGGAGCCAGGAGAUGUGGGUAUGCCUCAUGUCGAUAUGGUCGGUAUUUCUUCCAACGUUUUAUCUACAAGUAGUAUUGAUGCAAAUUCGCUUAUGAUCAGAAGGAAUAGCAGAAGACUGUUUUGGGAUGCCUUUUCAAGACGUAGUUUUAGAAGACAUAGUGAAUCUCCGUUUCUUUUCCCUCCUAAUAACAUAAGUACAACAGGAGAUCCAGACCGGUGGCUCCUCGAUAUAAGUGGUGAUUUUAUCGAUGAUGAAGUGCGUGGCGAUUCAAGACAUUUUCCCAGAAGAAUUCACAUCUUGAAUGAACAACAAAGAGACUCAAGAUCCCAGGUGCAGAUAUGGGAAAGACUCCGUAGUAGUCUCAGCGAAAACAGUCGGCAGAAUUUAUCUUGCCCGUCAGGCAUUCACUCUAAUGGUGCUUGCUCGUGUGACUCCUUCUCAAGGAUAGAACACUCGAGUACCCGUGCAAGCAUAUCGCGGAUAAUCAUGCUUGCUGAAGCAUUAUUUGAGGUGUUGGAUGAAAUUCAUGGUCAGCCUGUUUCUCUUGCCCUCUCCAUGGUUUCACUCCCGGCACCAGAAUCAGUUGUCGACUCUUUUCCCCUGAAGAACCACGAAAAGACGACUAAUGGAGGGGACGAAAUUGAGCAAUGCUACAUUUGCCUGGCUGAAUACGAAGAGGGCGAUAAAAUAAGAGUCCUUCCUUGCCGACACGAGUACCAUAUGUUGUGUGUCGAUAAAUGGUUGAAGGAGAUUCACGGAGUAUGCCCGCUUUGUAGAGGGGAUGUUCGUGCAGGCUCGAAUGAUGAAUGUUCGGUUUCAAACCCCGAAAUUCCAACAAUUUGAUGGCAUUGUAUAGCAAAAACAGAACACUCAUUCAUUAUCAUGUUUUUUCCUGUUAAUACUUGGGGAUUAAUUGGAUCCCCAUGUUUUGAUUUUGCAAGGCAUUCAUAUUGUAUAGCAGUUUCAGAAGAAUUUGAAUGAAUAUAUAUAUCUAGAACAAGCAGUUUGGUUU